AUGGCCUACCAACAGCGCUACGGUGCUGGUGGCGGACCAGGUCCCAUGGAUACGGGCGAAGGGGUAAGGUAUUAACGAUACUAUAAAUUUGAAAACGUCAAAUUUCAGCAUUCUGUUCCUGAUCACGUUCUUGAGGAGAAGGCUAGGAAAUGGAAGCAGUUGCAGUCGAAGCGGUACGCUGAGAAGAGAAAGUUCGGAGUGGUCGACACUCAAAAAGAGGAGAUGCCACCUGGUAAGGGCCAGGAAUCUCAUAUUGGAAAAGAGGGAAUUUGCAGAGCACGUCAGAAAGAUCAUACGUGAUCACGGAGACAUGACGUCGAGGAAGUAUCGUCACGACAAGCGCGUCUAUCUUGGCGCCUUGAAAUACAUGCCUCAUGCUGUUCUCAAGUUGCUGGAGAACAUGCCCAUGCCUUGGGAGCAGAUCAGGGAUGUCAAGGUGAAUUUUGGAGAACGUUCAAAACGGGCGCACCCGUUUAAGCUCAGCUGGUAGAGCUUUUGCCCAUUUUACCACAUCUGAGGCACCGUUUUUGCCCUGUUGGGUCUCAGGAUUUGAACAAUACCGCUGUUUUACUUAGUUAUUCUUGUACCCGUUUAGGCGUGACUGAAAAACUGAUAUCCCCUAUACCCUUUGAGACACAUGGCUUGAGAAAAAAACCGUUUAGAAGAAAAACACAACGAAAUUUUUGGAGAUUUAUAGAAACCACUUCUUCAAAGCUUUUUACACUGUUUUACAUGCUUGAAGGUCACUUUUUUAUUCAGAAAGCAUAAAAAUGGUUUUAUGCUCUCUUAAACUUUCAGUGUAAUUUCAAAAAAUAGGAAGAAAAAAAAUUGGUUUCGUCUUUUUUACUAUUUUUCUCUAAACUCUUUCGAAAAAGACCAAAAAAAAACGAUUUACAAUUUUUAAGCCGAAAAUCACUUUCCAAGCCGCAUAACUGAACUUAUAUCAUUUUUUCAGAUCUUGUACCACAUCACUGGUGCAAUAACCUUUGUCAAUGACAUUCCCCGCGUUAUCGAGCCGGUAUAUCUCGCUCAGUGGGGAACUAUGUGGAUCAUGAUGCGUCGUGAGAAGCGUGAUCGUCGUCAUUUCAAGGUUUCCAAAAAAAUAAAAAAGAAAAAUAAAGAUUUUUUCUUCAGCGAAUGCGUUUCCCACCAUUCGACGACGAAGAACCGCCGCUCGACUACGCUGACAAUAUUCUGGACGUAGAACCAUUGGAACCUAUCCAAAUGGAGCUCGACCCAGAGGAAGACAGAGCCGUCGAGGAAUGGUUCUACGACUUUAAGCCGCUUGCCAAUACGCGGUAGAAUGAUUCAAAAAAUGAAGAAAUGAUGAGCCCUUUUUCAGCUUUGUCAAUGGGCCGACCUACCGCAAGUGGGCGUUCAGUAUCCCGCAAAUGUCGACCUUGUACCGCCUGGCCAAUCAGCUUUUGACUGACCUCGUCGACGAUAACUACUUCUAUUUGUUCGACCUGAAGUCGUUCUUCACGGCCAAGGCGCUCAAUGUUGCCAUCCCUGGAGGGCCCAAGUUCGAGCCCCUCAUCAAGGAUUUGAACGUGUACGUGUUGGAAAUAUAGCAGAAAUCAUCGGUUUUUGGGCCGCAUUUUGCAUGAAAUUGUUCGAAAAGCGAGAUGAAGGCUCUCGGGAAAAAUUCCAGCCAAGAUUUCGUUUUGAAGUAGUUUUGAAGAUAUUUUGGAAAAUGUAAGCAAAAUAGAGCGGAAAUUAUUUAUUUUUUUGGAAUUUUCGAGGAAUAUUUCUCUCAUUUUUUUACCUAAAAACUGUUCGAAAAAGCGAAAUAAGGGCUGAUUUAUACACCCAACAUCAUAUUUAAAGAUUUUUCGUAAUAAAGUUUGAAAAUUCGGAGCCUCAGAUUUCAUGUAGGAGCGCUUAUUUUUGCAGGAAUAACUAAAAAAAGGCGGAAAAAAAUUAAAUUCAUGCUCUUAUUUAAACUAAGAUUGUGGGGAAAAAAAAAGAUUUUUUUACACGUUUUUUUGAGUUCAUUUUUCCCAGUGAGAAAGAAUAUAACUCAAGAUUUUUAGUUGAGUAUUUUUCAAAGAAACAGGGAUAAUAUAGGUUUUUCAGCUUCUAUAUAGGAGCUCAUUCUGCAGAAAUAAUAAAAAAACACACAAAAAGGAGCCAAAAAAUUAGCUUCAAGUCCUCUUUUUAACUUAUAUUCUUGAAAAAAUCAAUUUUCACACAUCCUUGACUUCAUUUUUGGUUUUUGCAGUGAUGAAGACUGGAACGAGUUCAACGACAUCAACAAGGUCAUCAUCCGAGCUCCGAUCCGUACGGAAUAUCGCAUCGCGUUCCCCUACAUGUACAAUAAUCUCGUCAGCUCGCUUCCCGUUCAAGUCGCCUGGUAGAAAUUUCAAAAAAGUCCUAUUUUUAUUCGAUUUUUAUAGGUACCACACUCCAUCCGUGGUUUUCAUCAAGACUGAAGAUCCGGAUCUUCCAGCUUUCUACUACGAUCCUCUGAUCAAUCCCAUCGUUGUCAAUGGACUGGAGAGGGUAAAUUUUCAGAAGCCGUGGGACCUGAGCGGGUCUGCCCGUAUUAAUCGGUUUCUGUAUAUUAUAGAAAUUUUGGCUUUUGUAUCCCUUUUGAGGCACCUUUUUUUAGCCCAUAUGGGUCUCAGAUUUUUUUAAAAUUAUAUACAGCUUGAUCGCUUGUUUCUUCCUGCGCCCGUUUUUUGACCGUUUUAGCAAAGUUGAGACUCAAAUAGCCUCAAAAAUACGGGAUUAAUGCGGGUACACCCGUUGAGACACCUGGUAACAUUGAAAAAUGCGCUUUUUCUUACAUAUCCUUCUGAACCGUCAUGUUGUGAUUCUAAUCAUUGAAAGCGCUAUAGAAAAUCUCAUGAAAGGCGUGAGAAAAAUUCAAUCGUCGAUUUUUCUCAAGAUUCGAAGUGAGUACAAUUCCAGACUGUUGAAAACCUUCCCUCGGACGAAGAACUGGAAGAAUGGGAACUUCCCGAAGACGUCUCGCCGAUGUUCGACGAGGUCCCGCUGUACUCGGACAACACGGCCAACGGCCUGGCCCUUCUCUGGGCCCCGCGGCCCUUCAAUCUCAGAUCCGGAAGGACCAGAAGAGCGAUCGACGUCCCCCUGGUCAAGAGCUGGUACCGGGAACAUUGUCCAGCAGGUGAAAUGAUUGGUGUCGGGGUUCGGAAUACUAGAGAGGCUCCUUUUUCAAGUUUUCAGAGUUUUUCGGACCUUUUUCAGGGGUUUGAGAUUAUAGAGACACCGAAAUUGUGAAAGAAGGAUCGGAAAGAUGUUCUGGAAAAUUUAUCUAUUUUUACUUUACGCCGCAAUAAAAUAAAUUCAGUUAGAGAACGACACUGAUCCCGAAGCUUUCAGGAAUGCCAGUCAAAGUUCGCGUCUCCUAUCAGAAGCUCCUGAAAGUGUUCGUUCUGAACGCGCUAAAACAUCGACCGCCGAAGCCCCAAAAGAGAAGAUAUCUCUUCCGCUCAUUCAAGAUGACCAAGUUCUUCCAAACGACGACGAUCGAUUGGGUUGAAGCUGGUCUCCAGGUUCGUCGAAACGCAAAAAACCAUGGAAAAUGACCCUUUUCCAGGUGCUCCGACAAGGAUACAACAUGCUGAACCUGCUCAUCCACCGAAAGAACUUGAACUACCUCCAUCUCGACUACAAUUUCAACCUGAAACCUGUGAAGACGCUGACGACCAAGGAACGUAAAAAGUCGCGUUUCGGAAACGCCUUCCACUUGUGUCGCGAGAUUUUGCGUCUCACGAAACUUGUCGUCGACGCUCAUGUCCAAUAUCGGUAAAUAUAUCAUAGAAGGAAGGUUCAAAAGGUGUCCUGUUGAGAUUAACAUGAUUUUUAAAGGGACCUUGGGACAGCCUAGUUCAAAAUUGGUCGCGAAAAGUAUAUUUUGUUGUCUUUAGUAGUUGAUUCCUACCAUCUAGAAGAUUUAAAGAGGGUUUUUUGACGUCUUUGAGGUUCUUUAACUCUAGCUUUUCUUGUCUAGGAUUGUUAAUUUCGCGUAAAAAGUCAUUUUGAAAAGUAACAAAAAUUGAAGUGUUUUGAUUCAAAAUGACGUCAGUUUUGACUGAAAACUCCGAUUUCCGUUCGCUGGUUUUCUCAGGAUUUCUCCAUUUCAAUGAUAUUUUUGCAACUAAAAAGCUGAAAAAAGCAGACGAUGUCAAAAAAAAUAUUAAAAAUAUGCGUAAUGCCGUGUUAAAAGCGGUUCCGCGAUGUCCAGAGAAAAGAAAAGAUAACUAAAAUUUGGAGAGCCAGAGAUAAUUUUGCUUUUCUUGAAAAUUACUUUGAAAAUACAUAAAGUCAACUAACUUACAUAAAAUUCUCAACGCAAAAUUCUCAACGGACACUUUUUUUUCUUUCCUUGUUGAUCAUAACGAAUUUGAGCAAAAUUGUCUAUUUUUAGCUUGAACAACGUGGACGCCUAUCAGUUGGCCGAUGGAUUGCAAUACAUUUUCGCCCACGUCGGACAGUUGACGGGAAUGUACCGUUACAAGUACAAGCUGAUGCGACAAGUCCGAAUGUGCAAGGAUCUGAAACACUUGAUCUACUACCGCUUCAACACUGGACCAGUCGGUUUGUUGGAAUCUCGAAACGAAAAGAAUCUAUGAAUAUAAUUCAGGAAAAGGUCCCGGCUGCGGGGUCUGGGCGCCCGGAUGGCGCGUCUGGCUCUUCUUUCUCCGAGGAAUCACGCCGCUUCUCGAGAGAUGGCUCGGAAACCUGCUCUCCAGGCAAUUCGAAGGCCGACACUCGAAAGGAGUUGCCAAGACCGUCACCAAGCAACGUGUCGAAUCUCACUUCGAUCUGGAAUUGCGGUAAGUUUUGAUGGCUGCCCACUGAAAGCUGAAUCAAGACUGUCGCGCCAUUUUAGUCCAGGGAACGUUGAAAUAUGAAUUUUCUAUCAAAAAAUAUUGAAAAUUGCAGUUUUCCUAUUUUUGACUUUUUUCAAUGCGCUUUCGGAGCUCAUUUUCUCACAUUUAGGAAAAAAACAAGUUUUUCCAUGUUUUUUCUGAAGCUGACGCAUUUUUUGGCCGAAAAUCUAGGAGAAACGCGUUUUUUGGAAUAGGUUAUCUUUUUUGAGCUUUCAAUGAUCUUGAAACUCAAACUUGUCGUCCUGCCACAUAUAUCUCGAAGGUAACCCCGGAGCCACCCGACGCGUGAAGUUGAAAAUGAGUAAAAAUGUAGAAAAUGGGUGAAAAACAAGCUGGUCAAAUAUCUAGAAAAAAAAGGCUUUUUCGUAAGGAAAAUCUUAUCACUUUAGUCUGCCAUCUGAAACUAACAAGUUUCUGAAACUCGACGUUUUCUAUUUCAGUGCGGCUGUCAUGCACGACAUUCUGGACAUGAUGCCCGAAGGAAUCAAGCAGAACAAGGCUCGUGUCAUCCUCCAGCACUUGAGUGAGGCCUGGAGAUGUUGGAAGGCGAACAUCCCUUGGAAAGUAAUCGAUAAAACUGGAAUAUCUUCACAAAAGUGGCGAAUUUCAAGGUUCCCGGCCUACCGACUCCCGUUGAGAACAUGAUCUUGCGUUACGUCAAGGCAAAGGCUGAUUGGUGGACCAAUUCGGCUCACUACAACCGAGAAAGAGUCCGACGUGGUGCGACGGUUGACAAGACUGUCUGCAAGAAGAAUCUCGGCCGAUUGACUCGUUUGUACCUCAAGGUUUGAGACGAAAUACUGAUGUUAGUUAAAAAAAUUGCGCCAUUUAGAGUGAUUUUUGAGCGAGAAAAAAUUUGAAUCCUUUUUUCCCGCGUUUUUGUCGUCAAUGUCAAGAGAUUGGUAGAAAAAGAGAGACAGAGAAGAAAAGAAGCUAAAAUAGGAAUUUAGAGUCAAACAUGACGUCACUUUAAAUUUGAAAGUUUAUUUUCGCUCGAAAAUCAAACGCGGCGAAAAAAAAACGAUAUCUCUCGUAAAAAUUAGACCCCAAAUCUGAAAAAUGUAGGAUUUUGUCGAAAAAAUGGGUCUCGAAACGAAAAUAGUUCACAUUUCUUGAAAAUACUGAAAAAUGUAGCCAUUUCCCGUACAAAAAUGAAAGUUUCUCUAUUUUGGUCGUUUUUACAGUAUCUUCAACACAUAAUUUCCGUUUUGAGACCUUUUUUCAAGUCUUAGUGAGUGUCUUUACACAGUAAAAUUUUUUUGAGCUUUUUGGACUUUAUUUGAGCUUGUGAGCUGAAACAGCUAAAAAAAAAUUUUCAUUUUUCAGGCGGAACAAGAGCGUCAGCACAACUACUUGAAGGACGGACCGUACAUCUCGGCCGAAGAAGCCGUGGCGAUCUACACAACCACCGUCCAUUGGCUGGAAUCUCGUCGCUUCUCGCCGAUCCCCUUCCCGCCGCUCUCCUACAAACACGACACCAAGCUGCUCAUCCUGGCCUUGGAACGGCUCAAGGAAUCCUACAGCGUCAAGAACCGUCUGAACCAGUCACAGCGUGAAGAGCUGGCCCUCAUCGAACAGGCCUACGACAACCCCCACGAGGCCUUGUCCCGAAUCAAGCGCCACAUGCUCACCCAGCGCGCCUUCAAGGAGGUCGGCAUCGAGUUCAUGGACCUCUACACCCAUCUGAUCCCCGUCUACGACAUCGAGCCCCUCGAGAAGGUCACCGACGCCUACCUCGACCAGUACCUCUGGUACGAGGCCGACAAACGACGCCUUUUCCCGGCCUGGAUCAAGCCCGGCGACACUGAACCCCCGCCGCUGCUCACCUACAAGUGGUGCCAGGGCCUCAACAACCUCCAAGACGUCUGGGAGACCUCCGAGGGCGAGUGCAACGUCAUCAUGGAGGCCAAGUUGGAGAAGGUCGCCGAGAAGAUGGACUUGACCCUGCUCAACAGACUUCUGAGGUCUUUUUGAGAGAUUUUUCGGGAAAUUCAGCUGAGAAAUUUAAUUUUUAAGAAACCAUGACAGUGGAGAUGUUUAAAAGACUGUAUUUGGAAGUACUAGAGUCAUUGAAAAUUCAUUUUUAAAGAUAAAGCGUUUGAAUUGAAUUUUUAGAAUUUUAGGCUGAAUUUUACAGAGUUUCAGUUGAUUUAUGCUCAAAUUUCAUAAUUGCUCGAACUUUUGGAACCAUUUCUCAAAAUAAACAAGUCUUUAUCUCAUAAGUUUUACUCGGAGAACCUUUUCUCAGGUAAUUUUCUCUUAAAAGUCCAAUUUUUCAACUUUAAGAACUUGCUUUGGGUUUUGCCGAGUUUGGCUUGAAUUUUACGAAGUUUUAGUUAAUUUCCUUGAAAAAUUAAUUUUUCAAUGAUUUUGGUCUGGCACCUUUUCUAGGUCAUUUUGCUCAAAAGUCGACUUUUUUAAGCUUCAUCGAUUUUUUUUCCAUAUUUAAUCACAUUUUCCACUGAAAAAUACAUAUAUCUCGCCUGAAUUUUCAAUUAUAUUUCAAUCAUAUAUCUCGCCUGAAUUUUCAAUUAUUUUUUGAAUCGGGACGAUUCCAAAAAUCAUUACUUAGAUUGAUCGUGGACCACAACAUUGCCGAUUACAUGACGUCCAAGAACAACGUUCUGAUCAACUACAAGGACAUGAACCACACCAACUCGUUUGGUAUUAUUCGUGGCCUGCAAUUCGCUUCUUUUAUUGUUCAAGUAUGAAAAAUAUCGUUUUAUCGGAAAAUCUAUCCAUUUUCAGUACUACGGCUUGGUGCUCGAUCUGCUGGUUCUCGGCCUCCGAAGAGCCUCGGAAAUCGCUGGACCUCCGCAAUGUCCCAAUGAGUUCUUGCAGUUCCAGGUGAAAAUCUCCUCCUUUUUGUCAUAAAAUUAUAAAAAAUGUCAGAACGUCGCCACGGAAAUCGCCCAUCCGAUCCGUCUGUACUGCCGUUACAUUGACCGCGUUUGGAUCAUGUUCAGGUAAAAAACUAGAAUUUGAGAUUCAGAAGAAAAAAGAAUGUUUUCAGAUUCUCCGCCGACGAGGCCCGAGAUCUGAUCCAAAGAUACCUCACUGAGCAUCCGGAUCCGAAUAAUGAGAACAUCGUCGGCUAUAACAACAAGAAAUGCUGGCCUCGAGACGCCCGAAUGCGCCUGAUGAAGCACGACGUCAACCUCGGAAGAGCCGUCUUCUGGGAUAUCAAAGUAAAAAAUAUCGAGAAUCAACUUUAUUAGGUUGAAAAAUUAGAUUUAUUCAAUUUUGAGGCCUUCACUCAUAUUUUUUGAAAUUUUCAAAGUUAGGAAGUAAAUCAAGUAUUGACUUCAGGGCAAUAAAAAAAAAAUAAUUUUUAAACGCGGAAAGGAGUACUGACUUUAGAAAGUUAGGAAGACUUGGUGGCUUUUUCAAAAAUUUCUGCCCAUCUAUGGUAGAAAAAAAUUAAUGUUAUUGAACUUUGGGGUUGUAUUUUUUUGACAUUUUUCAUGAAUUUCGUGUCUCAAUUUCCGUAUUUUCAUAAAUUUUGAUACUUUUCAUCUUUAAUCUCGUUUCCACAUGCAUACUUCUUUAGAAAACUAGCAAACCUUGAAAAAGGCUCCAUUUUUUUCUACUAUAUUCAGGGAAAGAGCUCGAAAAUGUAGAUGAAAAGUUUUGGAUCAAAAAUUGAAAAGCAUUUUUUUUGAGGUUUUUGAGUAUCUACUGAGUAUCUAGAGUUUGAUCAAAUUCUGAAUGGGAAGCCCUUGCUUAAGCUCCACCCCUAAUGGCGCGAUGAACCAAUCAAAGAGCGUUUUCGAAUGACGGCAUUGUACUUGAUAUUAAAAUUAUGGACAGACUAUAAAAAAAACUCUCCUAUUCCGCAAUCAUAUGUACUUUUCUUGCAAUAAAUUGAAUAAAAAUCGUUCAGAAUCGUCUGCCGCGCUCGGUGACGACCAUCGAGUGGGAGAACGCGUUCGUCUCCGUGUACAGCAAGGACAACCCGAACAUGCUCUUCGACAUGUGCGGAUUCGAGUGCCGAAUCCUUCCCAAGUGCAGAACGGCCAACGAGGAGUUCGUCCAUCGCGACGGCGUCUGGAACUUGCAGAACGAGGUGCAAAAAAGGACCUGUCAAAGUUAAAUUCCAAUUUUCCAGGUGACCAAAGAGCGAACGGCUCAGUGCUUCCUGAAGGUCGACGAAGAGUCCAUGUCCAAGUUCCACAACAGAAUCCGACAAAUCCUCAUGUCUUCCGGCUCGACGACCUUCACCAAAAUCGUCAACAAGUGGAACACGGCUCUCAUCGGCCUGAUGACGUACUUCCGAGAAGCCGUCGUCAACACUCAAGAACUGCUCGACCUGCUCGUCAAGUGCGAGAACAAGAUCCAGACUCGUAUCAAGAUCGGCCUCAACUCCAAAAUGCCCGCCCGUUUCCCGCCCGUCGUCUUCUACACGCCCAAGGAAAUCGGAGGACUUGGUACCCACUCUUUGAAAAAGCUCUCAUUUUCCUCCUACUUCAGGAAUGCUCUCCAUGGGCCACGUCCUGAUCCCCCAGAGUGAUCUGAGAUGGAUGCAGCAGACGGAAGCCGGAGGUGUGACCCAUUUCCGGUCCGGAAUGAGCCACGACGAGGACCAGUUGAUCCCCAAUUUGUACCGUUACAUUCAGGUGAACAAUUGGGGGAAAAAUUUAAUGGAUUUUAUUCAGUUUUCAAAGUUAUCUCUGACUCUCCAAAAUUCAGUUAUCUUUUUCACUUUCUGAUGGCUAUUUGGAACUUUUUGGAACCACUUUUGGAAACACAGAAUCAAGUUUGUAGAGAAAAAAUGCUCGCGUUUUUCAUUGUUUAACAAAUUUCUGGAUUUUCCCUCCAGUGGCCUUUUUAAAACAUGAAAAAACGAAGUUUCCCUUUAAAGUUUUUUAAAACAUGAAAAACAAAUUGUUCAUUUAAAGUUUCUGAAAAGACUGAUUUUCUUUCUCUAUAAUCAUUUUAAUGUACCUCUUUUUUUGAGCUCGUUCUGAAUGUUGAAAAAAACUUAAAAAAAUAUUGAGUAGUGGUGAUUUAAAAUUUUUAGCUUAUCACUUUUUAAAAAUUCCAAAGUGAUUAAUUGAACCUUUGAUUCCAUAAAACUGUCAAAUCGGGACUUGUUUUGGUCCCACCGACGUCUGAGAAAGUGAUGAAUUCAUUAUUGGUUUAUCACUGGUAUUUACGUCGAAAAUAGAAACUCAACUCCUAAGAAGAGUCGCGUUUUGCUCUGAAAUCGGCUCUAGAAACGGUUGGAACAGUCCGAAGUUAACAGACAAAAAAAUAUAGAUUUUUUUCGCCAAAAAACUGAACUGAUUUCAGCCGUGGGAAGCAGAAUUCGUCGAUUCGGUCCGUGUCUGGGCCGAAUAUGCUCUGAAAAGACAGGAGGCGGCGGCGCAAAACCGAAGAUUGACGUUGGAAGACUUGGACGACUCCUGGGAUCGUGGAAUUCCCCGAAUCAACACCUUGUUCCAAAAAGAUCGCCACACGUUGGCCUACGACAAGGGAUGGCGUGUCCGGACCGAGUUCAAGGCCUACCAAGUACCCAAAUCGCUUUCUUUUCAAUGAAAAACCUUUUUCUGCAGAUCCUCAAGCAGAAUCCCUUCUGGUGGACCCAUCAACGUCACGACGGAAAACUGUGGAACCUGAACAACUACCGGACGGAUAUGAUCCAGGCGCUUGGAGGAGUCGAAGGAAUUCUGGAGCACACGCUUUUCCGAGUACUGUAUUUUCAGAUGUGUCUCUAGAUUUAUGGCGAUUUUUUGGCCUUCAUCUUGUUUCUGAUGGGAAAUAGUAUCCGAAAAUAGGAAAAAGUUCUGAUUAAGAUCAUCUAGAGCUUUUCAGAAGUGUUAAAAUAUUACCAAGUUUAUAAGGCGAACGUUUUUUGAAAUGAAUUUUAAAAAAGACUUCUUCUGAAGUUUUUUGAAAUGAAUUUACGUUUUUUGUUUUUGCGUUUUUUGAAAUGAAUUUUAAAAAAAGACCUUCUGAAGUUUCUGAAGUUAAUCUACACCAGAAACACAGUGGAAACGAAUUUUUUGAAUUAACUUCAAGCAAAAUAUUUAACCCUGUGUGCAUUUUUUCCAGGAAUUUUCCCUUUUUUGCUCAAAAUUUGCACAUUAUCGUGAAAAUCAGGCGGCACAUUUCUGCCUGAAACUUCUACGAUCUAAUUUUUUAAAUUUCUAAAAAUAACGUUUCAGGGAACCUACUUCCCAACAUGGGAAGGUCUCUUCUGGGAACGAGCCUCCGGUUUCGAAGAGUCGAUGAAAUUCAAGAAGUUGACCAAUGCUCAGCGAUCCGGUUUGAAUCAGAUUCCGAAUCGUCGUUUCACCCUCUGGUGGUCUCCUACGAUCAAUCGUGCAAACGUGAGUUUGAGAAAGAAAACGAAUGUUGAGAAAAAACUGAAAUUUAUUCAGUUCUUUGAUAAGAAAACGGAAGGCUGAUACAAAUAUUUUUAAACAAUUUUCUACAAAAUAGUGCAGGUAAAUCGAAAAAAUAAAUUUAGUUCAUUUGAAUUUGAAGUUCAAGGAAUUGGCUCGUUAAAAAGGAUAUUGAAAUGACUUUAUUUAAAAAUAUUCAAUUUCACAUACUUUCUUCGGAAAAAUUCGGUUCCUCGCGUUUUGAUUUUAAAAAUUCGAUAGUUUUAGUUUUUCUUGGAGGACAAAGUUACAUGAAACAGUGAAUUUUUUGAAAUCUGGUGCUUAUGUCGUAAAUAAUUUCAACUUUGAGAAAAAAGAAGAGAGGUUAUAUUUCACUCAAAUGGUUUCUACAAACGGUUAAAAAAUUCGAAAUUUUCAGGUCUAUGUCGGUUUCCAAGUGCAGCUCGACUUGACUGGAAUUUUCAUGCACGGCAAGAUCCCGACGCUGAAAAUCUCGCUGAUUCAAAUCUUCCGUGCUCACUUGUGGCAAAAGAUCCACGAGUCGGUGGUCAUGGACUUGUGCCAAGUGAUUAUCUCCACUUGGAAAAAAUAUAAUAACUUUUUCCCUAGGUUUUCGAUCAAGAACUCGACGCACUGGAGAUCCAAACCGUCCAGAAGGAGACGAUUCACCCGAGGAAAUCGUACAAAAUGAACAGCUCCUGCGCGGAUAUUCUUCUCUUCGCCCAGUACAAGUGGAGCGUCUCCAGACCUUCUCUGAUGGCCGACAGCAAGUGUGUUUGAAAAAAUGAUGAUAAAAUCCCCGAAAAAUCACUUUGAACUAGGUACUGCUUGGAGGAUAAUAGGGACAUGGAAAGUUGUAUAUACAAUAGAUAAAAAAGCCCAAAUAAAGAGGAAAUCUAAUUUUUGCCCUCUCCGACGUCUGAGAAGGUGAUGAGUGCAUUAUUGGCUCCUCACCGGUAUUUACGUCGAAAAUGAAAACUCAACUCCUAAGAAGAGUCGCAUUUUGCUCUGAAAUCGUCUCUAGAAACGGUUGGAACAAUGGAAAAAGUUAUUAGUUAUCCAAAAAUCUUCAAUGAACAUAAAAAUGUUAAGUUGAAGUUUGAAGGGUUUGCCAAAAUGGCCCGCCUAUUUAAGAUUGGUUCCUUAAGAAAAUAGUUUUUUUUUCGGUAUUCACCCCUUUUCGAAUAAUGGAACUAUUUCCAGAGACGUCAUGGACAACACGACGACGCAGAAGUACUGGCUCGACGUGCAGCUCCGUUGGGGCGACUACGAUUCUCACGACAUCGAAAGAUAUGCGCGAGCCAAGUUCCUGGACUACACCACCGACAACAUGUCGAUCUAUCCGUCGCCCACGGGAGUCCUCAUCGCAAUGGACCUCGCCUACAAUCUUUACAGGUUCAAAAAUAAAGAAAUCGAGAUUUUCGAGCCUAAGUUUGAAUUUUGACGUUGAAACCUAUACAUUUCGAUGUAAAAUUAGACGAAUUUUUGAGUGAGUUUUGUAUUUCUGGCUUAAUAUUCCCAUAUUUUUUUGAUAUGAAAUGACGAAUUUCGCUGGAAAAUUUAUUGUUCUGGCUGAUUUUUCUUCCUAUUUUUUUCAGUUUUUUUCAAGAAAAAAAUCCAAUACAAAUUAGUAAAUUUAACCUCAAAACCAGUACAUUUUUUUGUCUAAAAACGAUGAAAAAAAUGAGGAAUUUUUAGUGAAAAAAAUCAGUGGAAUCCGCAUGAUAACUACUCUUUUUCACUCUAAAAAGUCGUCAUUUUUCUGGUUUUUCGAAAAAUUCGACUUUUUUAAUCAAUUUCAGCCCUGAAAUGCUAAAAUUUUUCAAAGAAAAGAAAAUUUUGACACAGAUCGAUACAAAAAUCUCUACUUUUUGGAUAAAUCUCAUUUUCCACUUUCAGUGCCUACGGUAACUGGUUCCCCGGAAUGAAGCCCCUGAUCCGUCAAGCGAUGGCCAAGAUCAUCAAGGCGAACCCGGCCUUUUACGUGUUGCGAGAACGUAUCCGCAAGGGUCUCCAGCUGUACAGUUCGGAGCCGACGGAGCCCUACCUCACCAGCCAGAACUACGGAGAGCUCUUCAGCAACCAGAUCAUUUGGUACGGGACAGAAAAAUCAUAUUUUCCUUGUUUCAAAUCGAAUAUCAGGGAAUUUUCCAACUUUUGUCAUUUUUCUAGAGUAGUCUCCGGCUUUUCCCUCCUUUAUCUGUUCUUCCUUGAUUUUUUUCUUUUUUCUGAUUUUUCUCUGUGUCUCCAUUUAAUUUAUAGAGGGACUUUAAGGUCUAUACGAGAAAAAGGAAAAUUUUCGCCAUUUUUUGGUUUCGUAUAACCAAUUUUUUUCGUGUUGAUUAUCUUUCAAAAAUAACUUUCAAUUUUUUUGUUUUUAAAAUGACCUCAAAUUUGACUUUUUUUCCCGUUGGAAAUUCCCUGUUUUUCGCUGCUCUUUUUUCUCUAAGUCUCUCGUUUCCUGAGGAUCUUUUUGACAAUGACCCCAAAAAAGCGAAAAAAAAAAGAGAAUUUUAACUUCUUAUUUUGCUCAAAAAUCAUUUUGAACACGUAUCGAAGAAAGUCAGCGGAAAUCCCCCCUAGCGAUUUGAAAAAUUGAGAAACUCCGCGAUUUUUGAUUCUCAUCAUUUUUUCUCAUGUUGAGGACUAUUUUCUUGUAGGUUCGUCGACGACACGAACGUCUACCGUGUGACGAUCCACAAGACGUUCGAAGGAAACUUGACGACGAAGCCGAUCAACGGCGCCAUCUUCAUCUUCAACCCCAGAACCGGACAGCUCUUCUUGAAGAUCAUCCACACGUCGGUCUGGGCCGGCCAGAAGCGUCUCAGUCAGCUGGCGAAGUGGAAGACCGCCGAAGAAGUCGCCGCACUGAUCCGCUCCCUGCCCGUCGAAGAACAGCCCCGGCAGAUCAUCGUCACCCGAAAAGCCAUGCUUGACCCUCUUGAAGUGAAGAAAAAUUGGGAUAAUUUGAAGAGAAUAGUAAAUUCAGGUUCACUUGCUCGAUUUCCCCAACAUCGUCAUCAAGGGCUCCGAGCUGAUGUUGCCUUUCCAGGCCAUCAUGAAGGUGAGAAAAAUCUCGAAAAGACAUGGAUAUAGCCAAUCCACGGCUAGCUUGGAAGAAGCGCUAUUUUCUUCGUGUCAGGACUUUUUUUUUCGAUGCCGCCGUGGAUCGGCUGUAGUUGUAAAAUACAUUUAAAAAACAUGUUAUGUGGAAGAAAAAUAGCAAGGAGCCUCUUCUAAAGGUCCCUUUUUAUUUUUGAUGUUUGAGCACCCUGAAAAGUCGAAAAAAUCACUUAGGAGCGGUCCAAAAUAGGAAAAUAGUAAGAUGAAGUUCAAUGAUUGAAAAAAGCGCGAUUAGCUUCUUAGAUAACGUUUUGAAAGUAUCAAAAUGAAGUCAGACAGUUUACGAGAAGAGAAAUAGUGUGAAUCUCGAAAUUAUGAAAAAAAAAAGUCGCUAAUAUUUGAAAUGAGCGCGUAACAGUAACAUUUGCAUACUGCUGAAUCAAGUAUCAAAAAAAUCCUUUUUCCAGGUCGAAAAGUUCGGAGACUUGAUCCUGAAGGCGACCGAGCCGCAAAUGGUGCUCUUCAACCUCUACGACGAUUGGCUGAAGACCAUCUCGAGUUACACGGCGUUCUCCCGUGUCAUUCUGAUCAUGCGCGGAAUGCACAUCAACCCCGACAAGACCAAGGUCAUCCUCAAGCCCGACAAGACGACCAUCACCGAGCCGCAUCACAUCUGGCCGACGUUGUCCGACGACGAAUGGAUCAAAGUCGAGCUCGCCCUCAAGGACAUGAUCCUCGCCGACUACGGCAAGAAGAACAACGUGAACGUGGCCUCGUUGACCCAGUCGGAAGUCCGCGACAUCAUCCUCGGUAUGGAGAUCUCGGCGCCCAGCCAGCAGCGUCAGCAGAUCGCCGACAUCGAGAAGCAGACCAAGGAGCAGAGCCAGGUAGCGGAUGAAGAGUUGUAGAUGUUCAUUCACAAGCUAUUGGUGAUUGGGGAAUAAGAAACAUGGAUUUUUGGCCUUUACAAGGCGGUAAAAUUGAGCCAGUUGAAAUUUGGAGACGAAUCGAAGCGUGAAAAGUUGUAGAUGUUCAUUGAGAAGCUCUAGAUUACUUGUGACUAGUGAAAAUGGAUUUUUGGCCUUUACAAGACGCUAAAAAUCGACUGAAAAGUUGCUGAGGCUUUCUUUAAUGUAGCGGGACGAGAACUACCUUCCAAGGAAUGCCAUUUUUUGAGCCAGUUGAAGUUUGGAGACGAAUCGAAGCAUGAAAAGUUGUAGAUGUCCAUUCAGAAGCUCUACGUUACUGGGGAAUAGGAAAAUAUCCUUUCAGCCUUCACAAGGCGGUAAAAUUGACUUGAAGCUAGUAAAGGCAUUAUUCAAAAAAACUCAAAUAUAAAGAAAAUCCAGUUCCUGACCCUACCGACGUCUGAGAAGGUGAUGAGUUCAUUAUUGGCUCCUCACCGGUAUUUACGUCGCAAAAAAAAAAACUCAACUCUUAAGAAGAGUCGCAUUUUGCUCUGAAAUCGUCUCUAGAAACGGUUGGAACAAUUUAAGAGUAUGGAAAUUCUACUUCAGAGAAAGAUGAAAGUUUUCAAUUUCAUUAAAUCUCGUUUUCAGGUCACCUCGACGACGACUCGUACGGUGAACAAACACGGAGACGAAAUGAUCACGGCCACCACUUCCAACUACGAAACGGCCACGUUUGCCAGUCGAACGGUGAUUUUCUUUAUCUUCAAAAAGGUUAAUUACCUUGAUUUUCUGUAGGAAUGGCGUGUUCGAGCGAUUUCCUCGACGAAUCUUCACCUCCGUACGCAGCACAUCUACGUCAACUCGGAUGACGUCAAGGACACUGGAUACACAUACAUUCUGCCCAAGAACAUGCUCAAGAAGUUCAUCACCAUUUCGGAUUUGAGAACUCAGGUGACUUUUUGGGGAAAUGAGUGAAAGGGGGGGGGGGUUUAAUCGAAAUUUCAGGUUUUUUUUUUUGAGGAAAAAAGUUUCUUAAGCCUGUAAAAUGUGGAAAAUGUAAUUUUUGAGAAUCUUUUAGUGGGCUCUUUAGGGUUUCGAAUUUUUAGUGCUUACGAUAGUACUAUAGUGGCUAAAACUCAAAAUAGUGGCUUCUAUAGAAGCGGUUCUAGUGGCCACUUUAGUGUCCUCUCCAAAUAGCCCUUGAAAAAAAAUCGAAAAUCUUCUUAGCCGGUCCAAUGAAUUUUCUCCAGAUCGCCGGCUACAUGUACGGAGUCUCUCCGGCUGAUAACCCGCAGGUCAAGGAGAUCCGCUGCAUUGUCCUGGUCCCACAGACCGGAAACCAUCAGCAAGUCAACCUGCCCACUCAACUACCUGAGCACGAGCUUCUCCGCGACUUUGAACCUCUUGGAUGGUAAAAUCUAGACAAAAGGACCCAGAGACUGAGGAUUGUCUUUAGGAUGCACACGCAGCCGAACGAACUCCCGCAGCUCUCGCCACAGGAUGUCACGACUCACGCCAAGGUGCGUAACAUUCAGAACGAGAAAUAUUGAUCAAUUCAUGAAAAAUAGGGCAUUUGAAACAUGCUUUUCCGAAAAAGAUAGAUUUCUUUCAUUGUGAAAAAAAAAGGUUUCAAAAAAAUGUUAGGAGCUAAUUUUUCCCGUGGAGCGCAUUAGAUUCAAAAACUUCAAAAAAGUUAUCUUUGUAUGUCCUCAAAGUUGGAAAAGGUGCUUCGAAAAUCGAAAAAGAGAAUCAAAAUGGGCUAGAAGCCUGCAAAAAGCGAUGUUGAGCUUCAAAACUUGACCUGGAAACAUAAUGAACUUGCCAAAAAGUUCAAAACUGCGAUUAUUUUUAAAUUAGAGAUUUGUGAAUUUUUCUAAAGAUUCACCUCUUCAGUUGCUCACGGACAACGCCAGCUGGGACGGAGAAAAGACGGUGAUGAUCACGUGCAGUUUCACGCCGGGAUCCGUCUCCCUGACCGCCUACAAAUUGACGCCGUCCGGCUACGAAUGGGGCAAAGUCAACACCGACAAGGGCAAUAAUCCCAAGGUUUACCGGAGAAAAAAUGGUUUAUAGCUGAUUCACGGCUUGAGCCAUCGAAAAAAGGUCCUGACACGAUAAUGCACGAGACAUUGCCUGGCUCGUGGAGAGCGCAGUCAGGCCAAGCCCCUUUGUGUCCCAAACUAGCCGUGAAUCAGCUAUAUGUAUUCAUAUUCGAUUUUUUCCGAGUUGAAAGGUUUGGCGAGAAUUUCAAGACGAAAAGAUAAAGAAAAAAUCGCAUUAGAAUUCGAAAUUCCCGUCAAAAAGCCGCGUCGCGUACUCAACGCGUCACCCUCCUCAUAUCGCCUUUCAAGCAGGCAAAAAUUGACUAAAAAAUCAGUUGAGGAAAAAAGUAAUCAAAAACUGUUCCAGGGAUACAUGCCGACCCACUACGAGAAGGUGCAAAUGCUGCUUUCGGACCGCUUCCUGGGCUACUUCAUGGUGCCGUCGAACGGCGUCUGGAACUACAACUUCCAAGGCCAACGAUGGUCGGCGGCGAUGAAGUACGACGUCUGCCUGGCCAACCCCAAGGAGUACUACCACGAGGACCAUCGGCCCGUCCACUUCCACAACUUCAAGGUCGAGUUUUCCGGCCAGAUUUUGAUGUUUUCCGGUUUGAAAGUACUUGAAAUAGUUUUUCCAGUACUGACCAUUGAGAAGAGGGACCAAAUUGGUUUCUCUAUCUUAGAAUUUCCUGAUUUGCUCAAAAUUACUUUUUCCUGCUCGGUUUUCUGGUAUUUUUUGUGACUUUCUAAAAUGUCCACCUAUAUUCUCACAGCGAGAGCGAUAUCGCCCGCGACAUCGCGAAAACCGCGUUAUAUCGCUCAAGAGCGCUUUGGCAACGAGAUUUGACGAGGUCGCAGCAAGAAGCUUUGGCCACACCGCCUGCGGCUCUCGGCGAUAGGCUAUGCCAUUAAACCCCCCCCCCCUUUUUGUAAAAUAAAAAAAUCGCCGCGAAGCUUUAUAUUCAAUUUUUUCAAUGUGUCCUCGAAUAUAUACAAUUUUUCAGCCGUAAGCUUUACAACCUAACGUUCAUCUAUAUUUUUCAGGCCUUUGACGACCCUCUCGGCAUCUCGGCGGCUGAUCGCGAAGACGUCUUCGCCUAA